CGGCGGUGAUAAGACCCAAGGCGUCGAAGAACUUGGCUCAGUGCAGCUUCAAGAUGCAGAGGAUUAACACUGCGCUGAUUUUCUUGUGUUUACAUUUACUAAUAAUAACACCUGCUCCUCCCGUAUUGGGAUUAGAUAAAUCCCUUUUGUACAGGUACGAAGAUGGGAAAGAAUUACCGAAAGGGGAUGACGUAUCCGAAGAAGUACCUCUAAUACAACCGAUCACUUUCUACGGAACCAAAUACAGGACAAUAUUCGUAAAUAACAACGGUCUUUUAUCAUUUCAACACGACAUCAGAACGUUCUACAAUUAUGAAUUUCCGUUAGCGUACCCCUUGUUGGCGCCACUUUAUUCAAAUGUUGACACAAAAGCCGCCGGUAGAGUUAUUUAUUUAGAAACGGACGAUUUCGAAUCGAUUGAUAGAGCAACGAGCGAUAUCAGAGAUAGCUUUUUAGACGCAGAUAUGUUCGAUCCCACCAGCAUCUUCAUAGUAACCUGGGAAGAUGUUGGUUACCACGUUAACGGCACCGAUAAAACCAACACAUUUCAAGUUGCUUUAAUCUCAGAUAACGAUGACACGUACGUUGAAUUUUUAUAUCCAGAAAACGGAAUACAAUGGUUACAAGGGACGGGUGAUGGAUCGGGAUUGCCCGAUGCAAGAGCCCAAGCGGGGAUUAUAGCUCCCGAUGGAAGAUAUUAUCUUCUUCCCGGCUCCGGAUCAGAAAGAAUAAGAAACUUGGAAAGAUUAUCAAAUAGAGGACUUCCCGGGCAAUGGAUGUUCAAAAUUGGCGAAGUUGAUCAAACGAAAGACAUAGAAGUACCCGAUCUUUACGAUGAAGUCGAUGUCGCUCCGAAAAGAUGCGCUGAAUCAUCAUCGUUAUGUCACAGCCAGGGAAAAUGCGUUGAUUACGACGAUGGCUUCUGUUGCGAGUGUAAAUCACAAUAUUACGGCAAUGGAAAACACUGCGUGAAACGAGAUGCCGAUUUCCGCGUGACCGGAAAAGUAAACGGCGAAAUCAACGGGGAAGUUUUCGAAAAUUUAGAUUUACAGUGUUACGUUGUUAUGAGAGAUGCAAGGAUUUAUACGGCAGUUUCUAAAGUACCUAAAGAGAUUGGAUAUUCAAGUCAGACUUUGCAAAUUUUAGGGAGUACAAUGGGGUGGGUUUUCGCAAAACCAGUUAAAACAGCUUUAAACGGUUUUCAAUUAACUGGUGGUAUCUUUAAUCAUACCGCUGAAAUUCACUAUCCCCUUACUAACAACACCUUAAUUAUUAACCAAAAAUAUUUAGGACUCGACGUUUUUGAUCGAUUACGAUUAGAAGUUGAUAUAAAAGGAGUUAUCCCAAUUUUACCUCAAGCUAACGCAACUAUCACAAAAUACACAGAAGAAUAUACGUUAACUAAUCCAGGAGUUAUACAAUCCACAUCAACGAGAAUACUAAAAUACAACAAUUCAAGAAAUUACCUAGUUGAAGUACCUUUCCAAAUUAAACAACACUUUUUAUUUAAUUAUUGUAAAUACAACAACACACCUCCAGGAACAACGUGGAAAUUAAGAGUUGGUAAUAAUUUUAUCGGUUACGAAGGGAAAGAACAAAUUAUAAGAUACGGAUUGAGCAACAAAAUCGGACCAUUUGAAGAUGUCGAUCCUUGCGAAGAAGGAAGACAACAUUGCACCCCAAAUUCAUCUUGCGUUGUCGACGAUGACACGUAUAGGUGUAUCUGUAAUCCGGGUUAUCACGAAGUUUAUAAAGACGGUGGAUUUUUGUGUUCCGAUAUAAACGAAUGUCAAAUCGGAUCUCACGAUUGCGAUUUUAACGCGAACUGUAUCAACGAAUUGGGCGGUUUUCGAUGCGAGUGCAAACCGGGAUACGAAGGAGAUGGAAGAUUUUGCGAUAACGCCAUAUCUUGCACAACGGUUACAUGUUCAGAAAACGCGGAAUGUAUUCAAAGCACAGUUGCGACUUGUCAAUGUAUGGCAGGAUUCACCGGGGAUGGCCAAUCUUGCGUACCAAUAACAAGUCAAAGUUGUUAUUACAUCAACAAUUGCUCACCAUACGGUUAUUGCGGAAUCGAUGAGGAAUCCGGCAAAUACUCUUGCGCUUGUAUUCACGGAUAUAUAGGAGACGGAUAUAAUUGCACAGAAAAUCACAACAAUUUAACGGAAAUUCCUCAACUACAAGUUGAAAUAACCACUCAAGAGAUUACAACGAAACGAAGUGAUGAAUUUACUUGCAAAUAUUUACAUAAUUGUGAUCACAACGCGGAAUGUAUUCACACGCCGUAUCUACAAUCAACGUAUAGUUGCGUUUGUAAACCUGGUUAUAAAGGAGAUGGUUAUAGGUGCGAAGAGGUCGAAGAAUCUUGUAUGACCGAUGAUAUUUGUGAUAUGCACGCGGCUUGUACUGAAGAUUACGAUACUGGUAAAGCAAUAUGUGUUUGUAAUCCUGGAUAUCAAGGAAAUGGAUUUACUUGUGAACCAGCAGCAAAAUGCAGUAGUGAUGAUGAUUGUCCGAUCAACGAAAUUUGCGCAUAUUCCUUAGAUUUCAAUGGUUACGAAUGUAUAUGUAAAGAUGGUUUGGUAAGAGACACUCAAAACAUAUGCGUACAAUUAGAAGGAAAUUGUGAUGGUGCAACUUGCCACGAAAGCGCCGAUUGUCUUUUCGAUGACGUUCUUGAAACGCAUUAUUGUUCUUGUAAAUCAGAAUAUAUGGGUGAUGGUAUCGCUGAAUGUAAAUUGAGACCCGUCGGGUGUAAUAUUAAUAAUAAUUGUGGAAUAAAUGCUAAAUGCGAACUAAAUUCGACAUCGCAGUUAUACGAAUGUCAAUGCCUCGAAGGUUAUUUUGGAAAUGGAUUUGUUUGUUACCAAGAAAAAAAUUGCAACAAUGAACCGUCAAUGUGUGAUCCGUACGCGAGAUGUGUAACGGAUGCUUCGAGAAAAUUCGUUUGCGAAUGUAACCCAGGUUUUAUUGGAAAUGGUACUUUUUGUAAAGCAAUUCCAAAACACGACGGGAAUUUUGUUUUAUUAAAUCAAGGAAUGGCUACAUUAAAAAUUCCUUUUAAUUAUGAUGGAAGGAGUUUUAUAAAACCUGUUCAAGUGAGACCAAUGCAAGUUGCUGUUGGACUAGAUGUUGAUUGUAUGGAAGGAAGAAUUUAUUGGGGCGAUAUUUCCGGGAAAGCUAUUCGAAGUUCUAAUUAUCUAGGCAAUGAUAAAAAGGUCUUUUUGGACACCGAUAUCAGAGCACCAGAAGGAAUUUCAAUCGAUUGGGUUUCAAGAAACAUUUAUUGGACCGAUGCAAAUAAACGAACAAUCGAAGUUGCUAACAUCGACACACGAUUAAGACGAGUACUUUUUAAAACGGAUCUAUCAAAUCCGAGGGGCAUCGCGGUUCAUCCUCAAAGAGGAAAACUAUUUUGGAGCGAUUGGAAGCGAAGUAAACCAAAAAUAGAAUGGUCAAACACAGACGGAACGGGAAGAGAAGUCUUUGUAAAUGAAACUGUUGUUGUGACACCAAAUUCUUUAGUUAUAGAUUUUGAUAGAGAACACGUUUGUUAUGCAGAUGCUGGUACAAAUAGCAUUGAAUGUAUACACAUCGACACAAGAUUUCGACAAACCAUCGCUAGUAAUUGUACAAAACCUUUUGGGGUUGCUGUAUCUAGUGAUAAAAUUUAUUGGUCUGAUUGGAUAUCAAGAAAAAUUAACGUCGUCAACAAAGACACUUUAACACGAUUAAAACCAAUUUCAGUUCCUCUUGGAUCUCCAAAAGAUAAAAUUUAUGAAGUUGUAGCAGUUCCUGAUCAAUGUCCAACUCAAUACAAUGUUUGUCAAUAUAAAAAUCAAUGUCCAACAGGCCAUAUUUGUCUUCCAGAUGGGAAAGGAAGUCGUAGAUGCUUAUGCGGAAUCAGCAUUAAUUCACCACAAGACACAGCUACUUGUAACGAUAUGUAAUGACAUAUUUCUAACAAAAAUGUAAAAAAAAAUGUUAAAAGGAUAAAAAUUUGUGUUAAAAUAAUUUAAUUUAAUUACAAUAAUUUGUUUAUUAUUCUAAAUUAGAAGAGAAAAUACCAUGUGUUUCUUCUAUGUUUAAAAAAUUAAUAAUAAAUAGCCUUAAGUUUA